AUGGCGUCAUCCUUCCAAAGCUGUGGUGUUUGUGACCUCCGACUCAUCACCAAUCCAUGCAUAGUCUGGUGUACGGAAUGUGAUGAAGGACUGUGUAAAGAAUGUCAUGAACACCAUAGAUUGUCUAAGGCGUCGAGGAACCAUAGUGUGAUACCAUUUACCGAUUACCAAAAAUUACCGAUAGAUGUUCUGAAGAUCAAUCAAUACUGUAGCAAACACAGUAAAAAGUUUGAAAUGUUUUGCCAGAAACAUGAACAACCUUGCUGUAGCAAAUGUAUUGUAGAUUCACAUAAAGAAUGUCGGGAUAUCGUCGAUUUAGAUGACGUCAUUAAGAAUUACGAAACACCCAAUGCCCUGUCUGAGAUUGAGAAAACAUUAGUUGAAGUGGCAGAAAAUCUUCAAAAAAUUCGCCAACAUCAACAGGACAAUAUGUCGACGUUGAAAGAAAAAAGAAAGAAAAUUGAGAAAGAAAUUAAAAAGACUAGAAUGGAGAUUACAAAUUAUCUCGACAAACUUGAAAAAGAUUUUAUUAAACAACUCUAUGGGCUCGAAGAAAAAGAAAACUCGAAAAUUGGUCAGUUAUUGUCAUCAUUAGAAAAGAAAGAAAAAGAAGUUGAAGAAUGCCAGAAAAAUAUUACCAACAUCAAGCAACAUGCCACAAAUCUUCAGAUGUUCCUUUCCGUGAAGCAAAUCGAAGAAGACGUCUCUAGCAAAGAUAAAUUCCUGCACUCAUUAGUUGAAGGUAAUGAGUUGAACGAGCAUUUUCUGGAAUUUGAAAUAAACGGAGUUUUUCAGAAAAUCAUGUUUGAUAUCAAAAGUUUUGGGGAAGUCCAUAUUGAAAAACAACCUGCCGAUAUUGUUCUAAGCAGAAAGAAGACUAAAGAAGCUCAGAUAAUAGUACCGAUUGUUCAAUCAAGAUCUAUUGAAACCAUUAAAAUCAAGAAAUACAAGCAAAUAAACUUGCAAGGCAAAUGGAUUUACGGAUGUUGUAUGCUGCCAGAUGGUAGAUUGGUGUUUACUUACAACCGUGAAGGGAAAGUGAGAGCAUUCAACGAUCAAGGAUCAAUAGAAUUUGAAAUGAAGAUACCAUGUGGAGCGUUUGAUAUAGUAUACAUCAGUAAUGACAAUACAUUGGUUGUUACAUCCGGUGAAUCAGGAAAGCAAUGUCUUACCAUUAUAGAUAUAGAGAGGAAAAAUAUAAAAAAGACAAUUUCACUGAGCUCGGAUAACUAUGGCAUAGUAUUGAAAGAAAAGAACCUGAUUUAUUCCGCCUUCAACAAAGGUUUACGAAUGCUAAAUUUGAAUGAAGAGACUAUGAGCGACAUAGUCCAAGAAGAAAUGGCCAGUGAAGGUUACAUUGCCAUAUAUAAAGACAACAUUUAUCAUACACACAGACUAAAUCACACUGUGACAUGUUAUAAUUUACAAGGUGAUAUACAAUGGAUAUUCAAAAAUGAAGACGUUCUGAAUAAUCCUCUUGGUAUUGAUGUAGAUAGUGAUGGUAAUGUGUACGUGGCGGGGAUUCAUUCGAACAAUGUGGUUGUUAUCUCCAAUGAUGGACAAAUGUAUCGAGAGCUUUUGGAAUCAUGUGAUGGUUUCCGAUAUCCCAUUGCACUUCGUUAUUAUAGACAUAAGAAACAAUUGCUAGUGGCAAAUAUUCACGACGAGGCUCGACUGUUUGAUUUGAUUUAAAAUAUUUACAUUGAAAACUUCUCUCUUUUUGGUUCAUCAUGCGAUAUGUUUAUAAACAAAAGUAUUGAAGGCCAUAUCGCAUUUCAUCCGGUUUUUUUUCAAGCAUAAUGUGAAGCAUUAUAAUUAUGUUAAUGUGCAAAUAGACUAUAGAACCUUUCAAAUGUGAAAAAGAUGAUUUUUUUUGGUGAGAAAUUAGAGUAUGACUGAACUUAAGAUAAUUGAAUUGUAUUCAACGUAGGUGUUAACU